AUGGAUGAUUACGAAACUGUGUAUACAACAAUAUGCCGUGUGUGUUUAUCACAAAGUAGUACCGAAAAAAUGGUGCCUUUAAUUGAUAAAUCGGACAAUAAAGGGCUCAGUUCUUUUGGCAAAGCUAUCACAAUAGUAACCAAUGUUCUGUUAGAAAAAGAUGAUAAAUUACCAAGCAUGAUGUGCCAAAAGUGUGUUUAUUUACUAAAAUGUGCAGUUUAUUUCAAGUUAAAGUGUGAAUCCACGAACCAUAAGUUAAAACGUUUUAUAAACACGGAUAUAAACAAUGACAUUUCAGACCAUAAUAUUAAAGAAAAAGUAUGUGAAUAUGUUAUUUUCAAUCAAUAUUUCUCUUUAGACGCUAGUUAUGAUGCGUCAAGCAGUUGUGUAGAAAAAAAAAGUGUCGAUAAACUUUGCAAUGUAGACCAAGAGAAAGUUCCUAGUUCAUCCAGUAAUCAAUUGGCUGAAGAUACAAAUUCAAGUGACAAAAUAUACGACUUUGAUUCUUAUACUGACGAUGAUGAUAAUAUUGACCGUAUAAACGAUAAACAAGAAUACUCAAAAGAUAUCAACAAUAUAUUAGACACAAUACAAGAUAUAAUUAACACGGGCACAAAUGUAACAACUUUUAAAAGGCAAAAGAUGAAAAGAAAAAAAGAAAAAUAUUUUUCUAAACCACAAAACAAUGAACGUAAUUUAAUCUGCAAGAUAUGCAACAAAAUUCUUGCAAACCGUUUAACAUAUGACCAUCACAUGCAACGUCACAACUUUUGUCGAUUCAUUUGCGACCAAUGUGGCAAGGGCUUUCCAGUUCUUGCAGAAAUGCAUAUGCAUCAAAUUGCAAGACAUGGAAUUGGACCAUAUUUACAAUGUGAUCAUUGUCCAUAUAAGGCUCCUCGUAAGUUAAAUUUAAUUGAACAUUUGAGAAUACAUACUGGAGAAAGACCGUUUACAUGUGAAAAGUGUGGGUUGACAUUCCGUCGAAGAGCAAUAUGGAGAAAUCAUCUAGUUUGCCAUAUGGAGAAGACUCAUCAAUGCACGUAUUGCCCUAGAAAGUUUUUUAGGCAUUCGCAAAUGCUUGCUCAUUGUAAUAACGUUCAUGAACGAUUGUAUAUGUUCAUGUGUAGUGUUUGUAGUGUUACUUAUACAAAGACGGAGACAGUUAGACGUCACAUGGUUGUGAAGCACGGUAUUCCAAGAGAAAAACAAGGUAGGAUUUCUCGGGUUAGUAAUGGUAAUAAUGAAUUUCCUGGAAAAAUAAUUUAA